AUGAUUACGGACCACAAAAAAACUACUCACCCCCGUCAAAGAGAUAUCCAAGAAACCUCCUCAACACAACCAAUGUUUAUGCCUCCAGUUCGUCAUCAAAAAACUUCCUCAACACAGCCAACACCUAUUCCUCCAAUUCGUUAUCAAGAUAAUGUCCAAAAGAUAGUCUCAAUACAAUCAGCAACUAUACCUCCGACUGCUACAGAUACAGAGUUUUUUGUUGCACUUGAUCAGUUGCUAGGGCGCCAGGACUUAGUAACCAACUCUGCAUUUGUAGAAGACUUCACGUUUCUUCCUUCCGCAAAUGUUGAAUCUAAGAGCACUGAUGUUAAAUAUGUGAGAGAUUGCGUUUCAGAUACUGAAUAA